CGCACACACGGAACAAGUGGCACAGAUCACCGUCUCGACAGGAGGAUCGAAGGAGAGCAGUGUCGGUCUCAUUUCCACCAUGUCAGCCAAUGAGAGCUCAGAGUCAGGCUGCAGGUCAGAGGUCAGACUGGACAACAGCACCUGCACACAGAAGGAGCUGUCCGUCACCCCCUCCGUCAUCUCCAUGACUGUGGGCAUCUUCUCCAACAGCCUUGCCCUAUUCAUCCUGGCCAAAUCCUACAACCGCAUCCGGAUCAAGUGCAGGGCGUCCUUCCUGCUGUUUGCCAGCAGUCUGGUGGUCACUGACCUACUGGGUCACCUCAUCAGCGGCUCCCUGGUGAUUUUUGUCUACAGCUCUCGCAAGAAAUGGGAGAUGUUUGACCCUCACCGCAUCGUGUGCGGCGUCUUUGGGGCGUGCUUGGUGUUCUUCGGCCUGAGCCCCCUGUUCCUGGGGAGUGCCAUGGCGGUGGAGCGCUGCAUCGGUGUCACAAGGCCCAUCUUCCACUCCACCGUGCUGGCUCCCCACCACAUGAAAAGGCUGCUGGUUAUCACAUGGCUGCUCCCUGCCCUGGUGGCUGUGCUGCCUGUGCUGCUGCAGAGACCCUACGAGGUUCAGAUCUCCAGGAGCUUUUGCUUCUUCCACACGGAGAAACCCAAAGACUGGCUGGAUGUGUUCCUGCCUCUGCUUUUCUCUAUGCUCGGGCUGCUCGCACUGCUGCUCUCCAUUGUAUGCAACGCUCUGACAAGCUGUGUUCUGCUGCAGGCCAGGCUGCGCCGCAAGCAUCACUGCAGGGGCACUUCUUACCACACAGAAAUGAUCUGCCAGCUCCUGGCCAUCAUGUUGGUGUCUUGCGUUUGCUGGGGCCCAUUACUGAUUCAUGUCAUCAUUCUCAGCACCAGAGCCACAGACGAGCCCACGUCCCUCACUCUGCUGACGGUGGUACGCAUGGCCACGUGGAACCAGAUCCUGGACCCUUGGGUCUACAUCCUGCUGAGGAGAGCUGUUCUGAGGAAAAUCUUCAAGUUGUCCCACUGCUGCUGGGGUUCAACGUCUCAAGACCUGCACAGCUGGCAGCGCAGCAUGCUCCGGAGCUCCAUUGAGACCAGCAACUCUGGUGCCGGCCCGUCUGCCUGCCACUGCCUCAGCAGGUUACCUCCUCCAGAUACUACGAUCAAAUCAAUUACCUGAACCCUGGUCUGGAUGGUUCUGAUCUGAGGACUGAGAAAAAGACCGGAGACAGCUGUGAAGAUGUGGAGAACUUUGUUGAAAUAGGAUCAUCUGGAAUAUUGUGCACACUACAUAAUGAAGAGUCUGUUUCAUGUUGCAAACUGAUCACCAUGAAGUAACAGUAUUGUGGUGUAUUGUGUACUUUUUGUAUUUAACUUUCAGCUCUGUUUUAUGCUGCAUUCACUCUGGCUUGUGCUUUUUGUAUAGCAAAAGCUACUGUCUUUAUUAUUAAUUCUGCUGAAAUUUACACAUGGCAGCUCCAGGCUAUGCCUAUUUUUAUUCUUAUAUAUUUAAGUGUUAAUGAUUAUAUCAUACAGAUAGUAUUGAAUCAUCACAGUCUAG